AUGACCACAUCGCUCUACCACGAAGCCCCCUCUCCCCUCCACGGCCAAGGCCUCUUCGCCAACACCGACCUCCCACCCGGCACGAAAGUCCUAGAAGAACGCGCGACCUGGCGGAUCUCAAAUAAGCUCCUCAAAUCCGACACCCAACUCCUGACCUCCUUCCGAGCACUCCGGCCCAAAGACCGCGACAGCAUCCUGACUUUCAGCGGCGGCUUCGACGACCCCUCGAGUGGGAAUAAAGCCUUAAAUACGUCGACUAAGAAGGAUGCGGCGAACAGGUUACGGGAGAUUCUCGAUCGCAACGCUCAGGUUGAAGAGGAAGGUGUAGUGAUACACAAGACCAUUGCGAGGGUGAAUCAUGCUUGUCUCCCAAAUAGCGAGUUGAGCGAGUCCUCGGACGAGAGACUCGCUUACCUCUUCACGACCGUCCAGGUGAAAAAGGACGAAGAGCUGACGAUCAAUUACCACGAACCCUUCGCCCCCUUCCCAGCCCGCGCGAAAUUUCUCGGCAAGAUCUACCGCAUCCCGUCGUGUCGCUGCCGCCUUUGCAACCUCCCGGCAUCCGAGCGACAAGCCUCAGAUAAACGACGAGUGGACAUACUAAUCUACCUCAACUGCCUCAACCAAGCCUAUCAAAGUGCGAAACAUGCUCGGCUCCGCCGCGAGUUACCGGAGUCGGCUUUCGCGACGAUGGCGGGCGGGGUACUAGUCAUGAUUGAGAAAUUGGAGAGGCUGGUGCAGGAAGAGGGGAUAAGUGGGGGCCCAUUGUUUGCGAUUUAUGGACCGGCGUUUCAUGCGGCGGAGGCUAUUCAGGAGAUGGGGGCGGCGAGACGAUAUGCGAGGAGGUUGGUGGAGGUGGGGAGGUUGUUGGGGUUGGGGAGGAUGGUUAGUGCGAGGGCGGUUUUGAUUGCUACUGAGGAGGAGGGGGAGGUGGGGAAAGGGAGUGAGGGGCGUGGGGUUGGGGGUGAGGAUGUGAAUAUGGAAGGGGAUGGCAAGGAUGGUGUGGAGAGUGAGAACGAGGAAGAUGAUGAUGAUGAUGUGGAGAGUGAUGAUGAUGCUGACGACAGCGGUGAAGACGAAGACGAUAGUGACGGAGAAGAUUUGGACAUGGCUGACAUCAAGCACAAAUUCGACGAGAUCGAGCAAGCUCUCAGCCGACUCGGCAUGACGAGGUCGUAG